CACGUCUGGAUAUAGUUCCCGUGCCAGCAGCCCGCAUGAUCUGAGCGACGUUGACGACGGCGGAGUGGUGUUUGAGAACACGAAACCGCUCAUCCACACGCUCGAGUACAUCCUUUGCGUGAAGGAAAUGUGUGACGUCACAUUCCUUGCUGGCAAAAUGAAGGAACCAGUUUAUGGAUUGCAGGCGGUCAUGGGGUCACGAUCAAGAUUCUUCUAUGAACUAUUUCUCUCAAAGAAGAAAGCACGCACUAAGAGGGGCGUGUUCUCUCUCUUCAAGAAAAGGGCGAAAGGCGAAUCCGUGCCUUCAACUCAAGCUUGUCACGCCGGAGACAACCACAUCACCAUCCCUGUUCCCGACUACGACCACGAAGUAUUCAGGAGGGUUGUGUCAUUCAUUCACCUAGGUCACGUGGCUGUGACGACAGACACUGUCAUGGGUUUAAUAUGUGCCUCCACUGAGUACCAGUUGGAAGAUCUGCGCAAGGCUUGUUGGGAGUUCGUAGCCAGAUGCAUCACCGCCGAAACACUUCCUGAACUUCUCAAGUCUGGUUCCCCGUACAGGAAACGACCACACGUGAAACUGUUCCUUCAGAUGAUAUCCAAGAUGCGAUAGCAGACUCUACAGCUUACUGUACUGUGCUAUUCCUCCCGUGAAGUAUGUCACUUAGUGCUCAAAUUGUACAUAUUACUGAA